AGUGGAACUGACAUCUCUAGUCUCGAUUACAAGUCGAUAACCACAUGUUGUUGCUGUUCUGUUUUACUUCAAAAUAAAAAAUUCUACGUAAAAUGGAUAGUUCACCGCGAAUCGUAUAUGUGUGCAGCCUGUGCCUUCGCCAAUAUGAUCUUCAGGAGGAUCUCCGGGGACAUUUGAUAUGCUUCCAUGCCUACGAGCCCAUUACUGUGCCCAAUGCCAAAAGGAAAACCGCAAAGACAUCAACUAAACAACAAACUCCAGCCGGCAUGAUUGUCCAGGAUAAACUAACUUUGGAGCAGCAACUGGAGGACUCGAAGACAUUGCCAAGCGAGCUGCAGCCCAUGCCGUUUAAGGACUUUCGACUGGUUCUGAGGGCCAAUAUGCUAGAGCCGUGCUCCUUCGGCAGAGAAUGCCCCUUCAAGUUUCAGGAUGCUGCCAAAAUGGAGCUCCACUCGAAGUGCCACAAAGGCGGCAGCUUCUCCUGCUGCGAAUGCGGUCUAGAGCUGCCCAAUUGGCGACGUUGCUCGGCUCAUCUGUGGAAAGUCCACCAGGUGGAUGUGGAUCUUCUAGAGUGUCCGGCCUUCGAUUGCCACUACAAGUCACCCAUCUCCGCGCUCGUGUGGCGGCACAUGCAGGUCCACAAGAAGUGGCGUCCUCGUGUUCUUCGCUCACUGGCCGCCGUUCAGCGGAGAAGGAAACUCAAGAAGCAGUCUGGGGAGAUGACCACUCAGCCAGCAGCUCCUCCCGCCCCCAAGAAGAACAAAUACUAUGCGGAGAAGACCUGCGAGAUUUGCCAACGCAAUUUCGUCAAUGGCAAAACGCUUUCCAAGCAUAUUAAAACGGUGCACAACAAAAUCAAACCAUUCAUCUGCAAUGUUUGUGGCAAGAAGACGGCUCGUAAGGCUAGUUUGAUAAUUCACAUGCGUCAGCACACAGGCGAAAAGCCUCUGCAGUGCGGCGAGUGCAAGUUCUCCACUCGCGAUCCCAGUGUCCUGCACAAACACCGCCAGCGGCACGACGGCCAGGACAAGAGCAGCCUAAAGUGCAACCAAUGCGAGUACUAUUGCAUCCAGGCCAAUGCUCUAAAGCGUCACAUGCGCCUCAAUCAUGCCGAAGCUUAUAAGGACCUAUGCUGUGAUCUCUGUAGCUUUACUUCCAUAAAUGCCGAGCGCUUACAAGCCCACAAGCAGGAUCAUCGGCAGGGUUUAAUCACGAACUGCGAGGACUCCAUGGAUGCUUCGCGUGCCGCCGGCUUUAAGUAUCCUCGCAAGCUGGGCGACAAGAAUGGGGAGAUAUCAGCCGACUGCUUUAUGCCGCUGGAGAGCGUGGAUUCACUGCCCCAUGAGCCAGCUGUGGACACGGGUGGCGUCACCAUACCAGCCCCACCAUCCGAGGACACUCAAUUCCCCACGUAUUUAAAGGACUAAUAUUAUAGAACAUGAAAUUAUUCGAUCGAUCUUUUAUUUCAUGGAUUCAUAUUCUUAAAUGGAAGAAGAGCAUCAACAAAAAUAUCAUUUCGACUGAUUCACACACUGCCGUGUGCUGUGUUGUCUGUUCGGAGUCCCUGAUCCCUGCUCCCUCCUCUUUGGCCAGGCCGGGCAUUUUGCUUUGCUCUGAUCCCCGAGCCUUAGAUCUUGGUCUCAACGACGGGUUUUUUCUUCGACACAAAAGGGAUGUGCAAAGAGAGAAUACAAAAUAGAAAAGGAUUCGAUUAAGUCAGCUGCCAUUGAGCCCAGAGCCAACAAACGAGGAUUACCAUGCAAAGAUUGGUUUGGUUUUGAUUUGAUUAUCUGAACUGAUUUGGUUGGAUUUGAGUUGGUUGGUUGGUUUGGUGGUGAGGGAGCAGGCGCUAGAUGAAGUGGCAUGAAGCGAACUGUGCACUUUGGAGACAACAACACUAACAACAAUGGGCGUGAGCUGACUGAAUGACUGCGAUUCGACGCGAAUCGCUUCAAUUUGACUGGGUUUUUGAGUACUUUGAUUACGACGAGAUACCUCUAAGUUGUUGGCUUGAUUUAGCUUUGAUUAUGCUGAUAUUAUCCAUGAUCACUACAACGUCUAUUAAACAACUAACGAAUUCAUCUAGCUUCUAUGUGUAUUGACAUAUUCGACUAACCACCGCGUCCCUCGGUCGACUAAGUUACGUUUACGAUGCAUCCAUCAAUCUUAAAAUGUAAAACAUGUUCACUUACGAUCUACUCUCGGAAUUGUCGAUCAAUCAUCGCCCUUCCAUCCGCUUACUCCUUUGGAUUUUUACUAUUUAUUUUAUUUUGGUUUGAUUAAUCUUCUCAAUCUGUUUCCUUAUUUUUUGUGCGCCGCAUAAUAAAUGCUGUGGGAGUUUCUGAAACAUUCCCCAAAAAACUAACCCUUCUGAACUCAUUUCCAUCAUUUCAUCCUCUCCAUUUAGUCGGUUUUGAUUAGCAUAGUACGAUACUCUUAAAGGCUAUUAGGAAACAGUUGUAUCUACAUAGGUCUAUGAGUACUCUGUAAGAACCAAACACACGAACCUAG